AUGUCUACUACUAGCAGCAACAGUGGAUAUGACUACGCUCUUUAUCGUUAUACGCCAUCUAUUCCAGCGGCAGCAAUUUUCGCAGGAGUAUUCCUGAUCCUUUCAAUUCUUCAUUUGAUUCAGCUGGCCCGAAGUCGCGCAUACUUCUUCAUUCCAUUCGUUGUGGGCUUACUAUUUGAAUGCGCUGGAUACAUUGCUCGCAUAUUUUCUCAUUUCAAUACAACUGCACUCGGCCCAUAUAUCGUCCAAACAAUGCUUAUUCUAGUUGCACCGCCCUUAUUCGCAGCUUCUAUCUAUAUGACUCUCGGUCGGGUUGUUGUCAAGCUUGACGCAGAGGACAAAUCCAUCAUUCCGGUCCGAUUCCUAACGAAAAUUUUCGUUGUUGGGGAUAUUGUUUCGUUUCUCUUGCAAUGCGGAGGUGGUGGCUAUAUGGCUGCUGGCACAUUGUCCGCCAUGGAUACUGGUGCCAAUAUUGUUGUCGGUGGUUUGGUCGUCCAGCUUCUUUUCUUUGGAUUCUUCGUCAUCGUGUCGGCCGUGUUCCACUGGCGCGCUAGAAGACAACAGCUGAAUAUCUCUGAUUCGUACAGUGUGCAGCCACAAGGCUUUAUGAAUUGUAUGACAUGGGUGUCUGUUAUGUACGCCCUUUAUGCUGCCUGUUUUCUUAUUCUGGUGCGCUCGGUUUUUCGAGUUGUGGAGUUUGUUGAAGGAAAUAGUGGAUUCAUCAUGCGCAGAGAAUACCUAUUAUACAUUUUUGAUGCGUGUCUCAUGUCAUUGACAGGGAUCGUGUUGGUUAUCGUCUUUCCAGGCCACCUUUUUCCUGGGAGUGGUAAUAAGCGGGAUAGCGAGCUUCCACUCGUCUCCACCGAGCAUGGGUUCAAUUAUGCAGAGCAAAAGUCCACGAGGUAG